AUGCCUUGCUUUGGACACACGACCUAUCGAUCCAAAACUCGUCGACGAAACCUUCCUACCUCUUUAAAUCUUGAAACACACCUCCGAGAAUGGAUAUUUAGAAAAUUAAUAUUGAAACAAUCCCAACAACAACACAUUGAAGAAAAAGGGAAAAGAGAAUGUCAAGUGGAACCUCCUUCCGAUGAUGAAUUGUUCCUAAUGAUGGGAAUAGGCUCCACCACGAAUGAGCCUCAACCUCAAUUUGAAAAAUUCUAUCUUGUUUUUAAAAGAUAUCUCGACAUGUGGAGUUGUGAUUAUUUGAUUCAAGAUUUAACCAAGUGGCCGCAUUAUGGUAUUACAGACUGCACUUUGAAUGAAUGCAUGGGUGAAAUGGAAGUGGACCAAAUGAUGACUAGCGAAAAGAGAAGAAUCAUGUCGUUGCAAGCGUUUUUGAAAUGGCAUCAACUUAUUCUCUAUGAUGAGGGCGUGUCACAUCAAAUUUUUGCCACAAGAAUAGUGAACGUUCUCAAGAGAAUAACUCAACAAAGUGACAGCUCCAAUUUAAUAACUCUCUUUCAAAAGGAGAAUAUCAAAAACAAUCUUUUCUUUUUUAAGGAGUUGUACGGCAAUAUGAGAUGGAUUGAAAUUUAUCUGCUCUCCGGAAUGUUUCAUUUUGAAAUGUAUCAAGAUUAUUUCAUUUUUCGAUUUGAUUCAUUACUGAGUGGCACACCAGGUGAUGAAAAUAAUGAGUGGUUCUAUGGAAUAUUUCAGAUUAAUCCGUUUCAGCAAUUGAAACUUUCAAAAGAACAUGUACUCUCAAGAGGACUCAGUCGACACUGCGACAAGCUCGUGUUUGUCCACAAUAGUGACAAAACAGCUCGAAAUACUUUACACAAUUUGAUUGAAACUCACCCAAUUUUUACGAGUGUCUGCAAAUUGGAUUCAUCAAAGAGAGGAAUUAUUUCGUUAAUGGAGAUUGUAAUCUCACAACCAUGUGUCACUCCUUUUUCGAAAUAUCACAAUUUCAGUAUUGAUUUUGGUGAAGGUUUACAAUUAUAUUCAGACUUUUUAAAAGAUGUCGCCAAAGUAUUUGAACCUUUCUCUCAUCUCACUACAAACAAAGAGGAUCAUAUUCCUGUUCGCAUUCUUGCCAAAUGUUUAACCAAAAUGUUAGAAAAAGCGAGAUUUUUUGCAUUUGAAAUUUUGACAACGAAACUUCUCAUUCAAUAA